CGGCGCUGUGCGUCCGGAUUGGCGAGCGCGUUUGUUAUUACUGGUGACGUGGUCCUCCGGUGGUGUCGCCCCUCCUACUCCUCCUCCUCCUCCAGUCCACCCCCCGCCUCCUCCCCCCCCCCGCCUUCCCCGGGUCCGUUCCCGAGCCACGCUCUCGUCUUCUUCGAAGUCGCAGUGUUUCAGUCGGUUGUCAUGGCGGAGGGACGUGGCGAUCUACCGCUGCAUCAGCCGCCGCUCCAGCUCGCGUCGCCGCCGGCCAGCAAGCGGCCGUGCCUGCGUCCUGCUCCGCGUGGUCCGGGUCCCGGUCCGGGUCCGGGGCUCUCCAGCGGGCGCGCUCGCUGCCCGGAGUCGCUGCUGGACUGCGCGGCCAAGGCCGUAGCGGAGAAGUGGGCCUUCGAGCGGGUGGAGGAGCGCUUCGAGAGGAUCCCGGAACCCGUCCAGCGCCGCAUCGUCUUCUGGUCCUUCCCGAGGAACGAGCGGGAGAUAUGCAUGUACUCGUCGUUUCAGUGCCGCGCCGCGGCCGAGGAGUCGUCUCCGUCCUCUACAGGGGGGAGCAGCAGCGGCAGCAGCAGCGCCGCCGCGUCCGCAUCCGCGUCGUCCGCCGGAUCCGCCGGAGGUCCCGGAGUCUCCGCUGCGUCCAACCCGGCGGGCAGCAGCUCGAGCUCUGCGGGCGCAGGCACCAGCGCAGGAGCGGCGGCAGCGGACGGACUUCCUUUUCGGCGCGGGAUCCGCCUUUUGGAAAUGGGCUGCGUGGAGAACGUCCUGCAAGUCGGUUUCCAUCUUAGCGGGACGGUAACAGAACCGGCCACUCACUCGGAACCCGAGGUGACGCACCGCGUGGCUAUCAGCUUCGACCGCUGCAAGAUCACGUCAGUGACGUGCGGCUGCGGCAACCGCGAUAUCUUCUACUGCGCCCACGUGGUGGCGCUCUCCCUGUACCGCAUCCGGCGGGCCGAGCAAGUCAAGCUGCGGCUGCCGAUCUCCGAGACGCUCUUCCAGAUGAACAGGGACCAGCUGCAGAAACUGGUGCAGUACCUGAUCACGGCGCACCACACCGAAGUGCUGCCCACGGCGCAGAAACUCGCGGAUGAGAUCCUGUCCUCCAACUCGGAGAUUAAUCAAGUGCACGGGGCCCCGGACCCCACGGCAGGAGCCAGUAUCGACGAUGAUAACUGCUGGCACCUGGACGAGGAGCAGGUACGCGAGCAGGUCAAGCAGUUCCUCUCGCAGGGAGGCUACUACGGCUCGGGAAAACAGCUCAACUCCAUGUUCGCCAAGGUGCGGGAGAUGCUGCGCAUGAGGGACUCGAACGGAGCACGCAUGCUCACCCUCAUCACAGAGCAGUUUAUGGCUGACCCACGCCUGUCGCUAUGGCGACAGCAGGGCACGGGCAUGACGGACAAGUGCCGACAGCUGUGGGAUGAGCUCGGUGCAUUGUGGGUGUGCAUCGUGCUGAACCCUCACUGUAAGAGCGAGGAGAAGAGCGCAUGGCUCAAACAGCUGAAGAAGUGGAGCGACAUGGAUAUCUGCCCGCUGGAGGACGGCAACUACGGCAGCGAGCUCCCGAACAUCACCAACGCGCUGCCGCAGAGCAACCUGGCACACGACUCGUUGGCCAGGCCGAGGCGCACGGUGUUCACUCGUGCCAUGGAGGCGUGCGACCUGCACUGGCAGGACAGCCACCUGCAGCGGAUCAUCAGCAGCGACUUCUACGUGUCGCCCGCUUACCAGAGAGAGGGAGAGAAUCUGCUCUUCAACCCUCAAGGCCUGCCACUCUGGCUCGAUCACGUGCCCACUGCAUGUGCCAGGGUGGAUGCCCUGCGAUCCCACGGUUACCCGAGAGAGGCCCUGCGAUUGGCCGUGGCUAUCAUUAACACACUCCGGCUUCAGCAGCAGAGGCAGCUGGACAUUUACAAACACCAGAAGAAAGAGCUGCUGCAGAGAGGAAUGACCAGCACUACCAAUCUGGAGGGCUGGGUGGGCCACCCGCUCGACCCCAUCGGCUGCCUUUUCGCCACUCUCACGGAGACGUGUCGAGUGGAGGACGACAACGCCAUGGAUACCGGAGAUUCCGGCGAGCCCAAGCCCCCGGUGUAUCAGCACGUGCCCGUGUGGGGCUGCCCAGACGCCGGCGAGUCGUACCUGGCCCUGGCGCUGGAGGUAGCUCUGAUGGGUAUGGGACAGCAGAGAUUAAUGCCCGAGGGCUUGUACGCCCAGGACAAGGUGUGCCGCAACGAGGAGCAGAUCGUCUCCAAACUGCAGGAGCUGGAGCUGGACGAGCUGCUGGUGCACACACUCCGCAAGCAGGCCAUGCUUCUGCUGGAAGGUGGUCCCUUCAGCGGCCUGGGAGAGGUGAUCCACAGAGAGAGCGUGCCCAUGCACACGUUCGCCAAGUACCUGUUCACGGCACUCCUUCCACACGACACAGACCUGGCCUACAAGAUCGGACUCAGGGCCAUGAGGUUGCCUGUUCUGGAAUCCACCGCUCCAUCAGGUGAUGUUGGUCACCCACACCACGGCAUCUCUAUUGUGCCGAGCAGAUACCCACGCUGGUUCACCCUCGGGCACCUGGAGUCCCAGCAGUGUGAGCUGGCAUCAACCAUGCUCACUGCAGCCAAGGGAGACAUGCUGAGACUGCGUACCGUCCUCGAGGCCAUCCAGAAAAACAUCCACUCCUCGUCCCUCAUCUUUAAACUGGCUCAAGACGCGUUCAAGAUCGCCACGCCCGCAGACAGCCCGCCUGACAUCACCCUGCUCAACGUGGCGCUGGAGCUCGGCCUUCAGGUCAUGAGGAUGACUCUGUCCACUUUGAACUGGAGACGCAGAGAGAUGGUGCGCUGGCUCGUCACCUGCGCUACAGAAGUUGGGCUGCGGGCGCUGGUGAGCAUCCUGCAGAGUUGGUACACACUGUUCACACCCACCGAGGCCACGAGUAUUGUCGCCGCAGCGGUCAUGUCCCACGGCACGGCGCUGCGUCUCAGCCUGGACUACGGGCAACGCGAAGAACUGGCGAGCUGCGCCCGGACGCUCGCGCUGCAGUGCGCCAUGAAGGACCCGGCCAACUGCGCGUUGUCGGCGCUGACGCUCUGCGAGAAGGAGCACGUGGCCUUCGAGACGGCCUACCAGAUCGCGGUGGACGCGGCGGCGACGGCUAUGACGCACGCACAGCUGUUUACCAUCGCGCGAUACAUGGAGCACCGCGGCUACCCGCUGCGUGCCUUCAAGCUGGCCUCGUUGGCCAUGGCACACGUGAGUCUGGCGUACAACCAGGACACGCAUCCGGCCAUCAACGACGUCCUGUGGGCGUGCGCUCUCAGCCACUCGCUGGGCAAGAACGAGCUCGGUGCCAUGGUGCCGUUAGUGGUAAAGGGCGUGCGCUGUGCCACCGUGCUCUCGGACAUCCUGCGCCGCUGCACGGUCACGGCGCCCGGCCUGGCCGGUAUCCCCGGCCGCCGCAGCUCAGGCAAGCUUAUGAGCACGGACAAGGCGCCGCUGCGCCAACUGCUGGACGCCGCCAUCGGUGCCUACAUCAGCACCACACACUCGCGCCUCACGCACAUCAGCCCGCGGCACUACGGCGAGUUCAUCGAGUUCCUGGGCAAAGCCCGCGACACCUUCCUGAUGGCGCACGACGGCCACGUGCAGUUCGCCCAGUUCAUCGAUAACCUCAAGCAGAUCUACAAGGGCAAGAAGAAGCUCAUGAUGCUCGUGCGCGAGCGAUUCGGCUGAGGAGACACUCGAAGGACUCCCCUCUGCUCACUCCUUCUUUAUUUAAGGCAUUAUUUUCUUCCUGUAUAUUCUGACUAUCCUUAAUUUUAAUUCUCGUUUUUAAGUUUGAAACAGUUUGUGUUGAAGUGAACAUCCAACGUUCACGGAUUUAUCCGAACCUGUGGAGGCCAGAACAACCUUUAGAUUUCGGCUUACGCUCGCUUUAGUUCAAAACUGAUGCAGAUGUGGCACAUAAAGAGAAACCAAAUGAUAGGCGGAGUAUUUUGAGCCUUUUCCGUCAUGGUGAUCGGUGGUUCUUCUUCUUAUUAUUCUUAUUAUUGUUAUCAUUAUUUUAUUUUAAUUUUUUUCCCGGUAAAGAGCUCAAACGCUCAAACGCAGUCAUUCCGAAUAAACCACUCGCACACAGUGUUACAGUCAUACCUCGAUCGUAUUUUAAGGAACAGCUUUAAGCAGGACGAGGGCUAGCAUUCGCUCGUUCCCGCUCGGAGGGGAGGUUCAGAGCAAAAAGAGCCAGCUGAAAUCUCGAGGUGUUCCUCAUCCUAACCCAGUUCUAGGUGUCCCAGGAAUCAGCCGAGCCGUGAGUGCCACACUCCUCUCCUCUCUGUCUGCUCCUCUCGGUUUGUCUUCGCAAGACGAGAAAAAAAAAGAUUUAAGGGAACGUUUUAACCGAACGUAAGAGCCACGCCUCCACACCUGAGAAGAGCAAAGGGUUUCCUUCUCCGCCUGAAUCCGAACAAAUAAAUGGCUUCACUUUCACGGAGGAAGUUACGCAGACAGAGAUUCUUGCACCGUCACAGCUUAGCAUUACCGCGCACGCGAGGCUCCCUCGUCGAGUCCGGCGGCCGCUUGAAAGUUCGGAAGAGAUCAUCGGAUCUGUCGGCCGCGUCGCGCUUAGAAAUGAUUCAGAAACAAAAAUAACUGUCGUUAUACAAGCACUUGAUUUACUCCCCGCCCCUUUUACUAUGUCUGGCCAAGCAUUAAUCAAAAUUCGGUUGCCUAUAGAGAUAAAAGAAAUGAAUAAAUAAUGCCAGAGGACCAAAAAAAUUAUAAACUUACCACCACAUAACCACCUCCAUCUCCCCCUACAAGUGCCCGCUCGCCUCCCAACACUUAGAAUGCACUCGGCGGCUACGAACGGAAGGAAACCUGGAGAGAAAGGACAAGAUGCUCAACUCAGUUCUCAGGGAAUCACUUUAAGAAACGAAAAAAAAAAAAAAGAAUAGUAGCAUAAGCAUUUAAGAUAUUGUAAAUAUGAAAGUGUCAAUUCAAAAAAUUGUAAAGUUAUAAUUAUUUAUGAUAACUGUAAGGUUUCUUUUUUUUUGUUUUUUUGUUUUUGUCGUUUUCUUUUUCGGAUACUUGAAUUUGUCGCGGGCUGGGAAUGUGACGGCAGAAAGACUUAAAAAAAAAAAAAAAAAGAAAAACAUUUCUCAGGUGCUCCUGUGAACAGUUCCUUGUUUUUUUUCCUUCUUAUUUCUGGUUCCUUUUUUUUUUUUUUUUGUACACUUCUUUUAUUUCGUAAGAGAAGCAUGGCGUGUGAAAAUAAUAAAUAAAUAAACUGAAGGGAAGAAAGAAAGGAAAGGAAGAACAGCCGUUGAACUGACUAUGCAGAACCACUUCCUGAUUUUAUGUUUUUUCUUUAACCCUUUUUUUGGGAACGGACAGUUUGGGGACUUUUGCCUUUCGAGUGACUUGCAUACGUCUUCUGUUUUUUAAGAAUUUUUUUUUUCUCUUUAACUUUUGAAGCCUUAUCAUCUUCUCAAAGUGAUUUAGGGAGUCUGAUCGUAGGAGGAUGCGGCGAGGUGUAUAAACCGGGUCUGUGCUGAGUUCUGCUUAAAUCGUCUUAACAAUUAACCGAAGCAUUUUGGAUUACGGCUUGAGGAUUAUUUGGUUUUGUCUAAAUGUUCAUGGAAGGAAAUUAAGAGAUGCUUCUUUAAUAAAAAAAAAAAAAAGAAAGAAAAGAAAAGCAUAUGCAUACAGUGUAAAAGCGAGCAUGUUAUUUUGCAGAUAAACGGCGCAGUCGAAACCUGCCAGCUGUAGAAUUAUGGCAGGAAUUUAAAGAAAAGCUCCGGUUUUAUUAGCUUUUUUUCAAAGGAGACAUCAGGUUCAUUCACUUUAAUUCAUUUUAUCUUCACGUUCCGUUCCGUAACGUCCUUCAUACGAUUAGUAAGAAAAAGCAAGAAACCUUCCACAAACCAUCCUUUCUUCCUCAAGUGGUCUCACAUGACCUCGACCAGAUUGAGCCGUAAUCGCCGGAAGAGAUGCGCGCAGAUGUUCUGCAGCUUUAGGGAUUAAACCUGCCUCACGUGGCAAAUGCAGAACGCUCCUUGCUGCCUGCUUAUACGGACUCCACGCAUCCAAGCAUCCUUAGUAGCUCGCCUAGCUGAUCCAGCGGCAUGGCAACAACAACAACAACAACAAAAAAUAUCAGAAUUCCUGUGGCUCUGAGUUUUUUUUUUUUCUCCUCUCUUUCUCUUUCCCAUUACUCCUUUAAGUGUCUAUAUGUGUUGACUGUACCAGUGUUCUGAUCUGUCCCUAGAGUUUAGAAGGAAAAAAAAAAAGAUUAAUAAUAAUAAUAAUAAUAAUCGCUGGUAGAGAUUGUUCACUAGUUCAUCUACUGUUUGAGUUCUGUUUUUAUUUUUAUUUUUUCCUCUUCUUUCUUUUUUUAAUUUAAGGGAAAAAGUGUUUGUCACCUCUCCGUGCUACUGAAUUAUGAAAAAGGUAUCCAGUAUUUGUUGCCACAAAAGUAUAGUUCGACGACGUUUUGUUUUUUUGUUUUUUCCUUUGUGCAACCUCUUGAGCUAAUGUCUAUAAAAAAAUUUAUUACUAUUUAUGUAAUGCUACUACCAUUUUAUAUGAUUUGUGUUGAAUUUCAGUGCUUUUUCUAUGAAUAAAGUGUGAAACACG